UGGUAAAAUUGAAGCGUUAUGUAUACAUUUAAACAAGUGAUCUAUUUCAGAAUCGUUCAUUUACAAGUAAUUGACGAAAAGUACCUUUUUGUUUUUGAGAACUCCCCGACUUCCGGCGUCGAUGGUAACCCAAGAGACAAUAUUAUUUAUGUUCCGGUUUGAAGUUUCGUCUGUAUGAAAUUCUGUGCGUGUGCAGGGAACCGUGUACUGUGUUGCCACUUCAUGCCAAAACAGUGAUUAACUUGCAUUGGAUGAAGGACCAAGAUGCCACAGCCAGCCCUCCAAGACCCUCGGUCUUAUGUCAAGGCCCAGCGACUCCCACUGCCCUCACAUGUGGGGUCCAGGAUCGAGACCCGUGGGACCAGCGACUACCGCGCUGCUCAACCGAUGCGGAUUGAAGUGAGAAAUGAAAAUUAUUUUCGUCGUCUAGAACAGAUGAAAACAAUGGGAUUCAACGCUGUAAAGCAUGAGGCAUACAUAGGUAUUGGCGACCCUUUCUAUUUGGACGAGAAAAAACUGAUUUUAAAUGCUCUUGGACAACUAGAGGAGUCAAAAGACAUGGAGACAAGCAGUAGUUCUGAUGAAGAUGACAGAGAAUCUGCAACAGAUGCUGCAAAUCAAAAAGGAAAGGGGGUAUCUGCUGCCAAGUUUGUGCUGAGAAGAUCACGGAAAGACCUUAACACACUUAAACAAGAGGUAUCACACAGCAGGAGCCUGAUUCGCAAUGUAAGACUUGGACAUGGACUGUUUGACUUGAUAAAGAAAGAGCGAGAAGCGAAGCAAGAGGAAGAAGAAAAACAAAAUAAACGAAAAGCUGAAGCGAUGCGAAAUGAGUGGCAGCCUCCAAAAACGGAGACCUCCAGUGAUGAAGAGAGCUCCGACGAAGGUCUUCUGGCCGAGGAGGACCUCACCAGAUACAUGGCAGAGUUUGGAAAGCCAGACAGCGAUGAUGACGAUUACGAUGAUGUCAAGGGAGGUAACACGUCGGAGGAUGAGACUACAGAGGGGAAGGGCCUGGUUCAGUUGUUAUCACGGAUCACGCAGGACGAGGACGAGGACGAAGUCGUCAUAAGCAAGUCAAUCAUGACCACGUCACGGCCAGAAAGCACAAAGAAAAAGAAAAUAAAGAUGCCUCGCCCCUACACUCCCCAUCAUACUAACCUCAGUGAAGCACGCGAUCAGGUGUCCAAAGAUUCACUGUUCAGACAACUAUGCACAUUAAACUGGAUUCUGGAUGCCAUGAAGCAAGAUUCUCUACACAACCUCCCUCCCAUCAUGUCAAGCUGGAAACUCAAUGAUAUUGGCGGGAUGAGAAGUCAAGAACAAAAAUCCAGAGAGAAAGAAUUUGACGGCAGGUGGAAAGACUUUCUAUCAAAUCCAGGGGCCAAGAUUGGAUUUAUGUCAUCUUUUUUAUUUAUCAAGAAUCAGCGUCGCAAUGUUCCUGGGAAAAUGGGAGCCAAGCGAGGCUGGCUGACGUCCAAGAACUCGACAUUAUCCCAUCCCACUGGGCUAACCACCCCCACUACUGCCAUGGGUUCCCUCCGGCUUGGUGCCUCACAGGACACUACACAGGAGGAAUCUGUACCGUCGUCACGGGCAGACCUAGACGAAGAUGACGAACGGCCUCAUAAAAGUCUGUUUAGGUUUGGAGAGAACCACAAUGCUAAUACUGGUCAUAGGGUUGACGAGACGGACGGUCACCAAGGACGUAUGGAUGACACACAAACCACAAACUCUGGUCAACGCAAGAAGGAGAAAAGAUCUUCUGAUAUGGAAACGACAAUACGGAGAAAGUCAGCUAGGCUUAAAGCCACAGAAAUUUCAAAGAGUGUAGAAAAAGAAAGUUUUAGAAAUUCACAGACGCCGAGAGAGAGAAUGUCUGCUCAAACGUAUCGUGCAGAAGUCAAUGUGAGGCCUAAAAGUUCUCCCCAGUUGCUUCAAUUCCAAGCCAACCGCCCUAGUGUAAAAUAUGGUAGUCGAGUCAGUGAGUGGAGCAGCACUUUCAGGGAACUACAGGAGGACAAGGCCCUCACCCUUCACGACACACUGGAAAACAUGGACAGACAGAAGAUGUCUAUCUGCCAGAAUAAGUUCAUAGCCAUAAACUCAAACCAGCAAGAACAUUUCCACCGAGCAGUGCGUCAGAUGAGAGCACGGAGUGCAGCCAGUAUGUAUGGCAACCCAACCAAGGAACAGAUCCAGAGAAAAAAGGACGAGGCUGAGCAGAGCAAAGGCAACUGGUACUCGGAUUUGUUAAAAAAUAUUCCUGGAGAAUUACAAGCCAAAUGGGAAUACAAAAACAUCAUGUACAAACUGGCAAGAUACGGAUUGCAAGAUGAUCACAAGAAGCGAAGGAGAAUGGAAGGAUCCGGACAGCAGCACAGCAUGUUGAAAUUCAUAAAAGUACUCGGAACUCUUCGGGAAUGGGAGAUCUGUAGUCCCGACAUCAGCGCUGCGGUGGAGUUCGCUCGGGAAAAGAUCAUUGAUAUGAGCAUAGAAGAUUUUGAGGCGUGGUUCCAGACUCAGUUCCCGAAAGUCAUACGACCUCAAACGGCACCACCAAGGAGCGAGAAAAAGGAUGAAAAGGAAAACACCAGUCGGGAUAACCGUAGUAUAAGUAGGUCGUCCUUUACUGUGAGAAAUGCACAAUCUGCCUCUGUAAAAGGCAGAAACGGUGCAUCUUCAGACGCUAAAACCAGGAAUGCCAAAUCCGCAGUGUACCGACGUUGACAGUAUUCAUUUUUAUCUCAAUAAAGCAUUGUCAUCUUGUUCACUGCCAAAAGUGGUGUGAUUCAAGUUAUUAAUUUAGUUAUCGCUUUAAACUAUUGCCUUAAAAAGAGUCUGUUAAAAUCUAGAGCGAUUACUUUAUGUUGACCGGCUAUGUUUAUAGUGUAGUAGAUACAAUAUGCAAGUACCGUUUUUGGAAUAGAAAAUUUUGUAUGCAUAUGUCUGGUCUAUCUUUGAUAUUCUAAAGUAACUCAAUUAAAAUACACAAUAUAAAAUACAUGAUGAUGUAUGUGACUUUCCUUUGGGAACAUGACAUGUAGACUUAUUAGGCAUUUUGUGUCAAUACAAAUAGUAACCUUAAUUGUUACAGUAAACAUUAGUUUCUAGAUAUAACAGAACUUUCAGUACGUAACCUUCUGAGAAAAACAAUAUUUAACUAGUUAUUAUUUUGUAUAAAUUCCGCAACCAUGAUAUUCAUUGAUAUGUAACUCUAAAGUAUACAAAUUGUUACAAAUUUAAGAAAAAAUACAACUUCAGAGCUGUUACUAAAUUAAAAGACAAGUUAAAUGUUUUUGAUAAGAAAAAUAAAUUCUGGUGGCACAACCGGGAAAUUGUUUACCAAGUAAUACCUGGAAUAUGUCAUAGAAAAAGAUAAUAGUAAUAUCUAAUACAUGUAUUAUGAGGUAGGUGCUAGUGCAGAAUUUUAGAAUUAUACGUAAUAUUUUACUCUUGUUACGAUGCGUGGCGUUGAUUUCAUGUGAAAAAUAGAAAAUAAUUUGAAUGCACAUUUAAUCAAUAUACAAAGCAGCCAAAUUUUAAAAUGGCUCUAAAUAUUUCGCAUAUCCAGUAUUUUGAUAGCAAUAUUACUUAUAUUCAAAUGUAUUCACAAUUGUAAAGUACGCUAUAGAUUGUGCAGCAUAAGGUUUUAAAUCGAAGAACACUAUACAAAUUGUAAUCUGCAGUCUUUAAAAUACAACUGAUUUAUGCUCGAAGGUGAUCCUCUGAAAACCUGAGAAAGUGAGUAAAAGUUAAUAUCAAUAUCAUAUUAUUCAGUCGUAACAUGUGGUCACCACAUAAUUAUUUAAAUUUAUGACUUGCACAUGCAAUGCUUAUGGGAAUUCUAACAGUUUACAAGAACCAACAGCUGAUUUUUGUUAGUAUGAAAAGUUGACGUUAUGUCUUUCAUAUUCUAUUAAACAUUAUAUUAAUGAUAUAUUGGUACUUAAUAUAAACAUAUAUAUUAUUAAUAGCUUGGACUUAGUCACCAAGUUGAGACCAAAGCGUUCCUGCUGUGAUGGUGUAUAUAUUUUGUAGAACAUGUUCUCGAGAUGUAACAAAGUACCUUGAGACAAAGAGGAUGACUGAUGUUAGUUCUUUUUGUUAAUGGGAAAUUAAAUGUGCUAUUUUGUAUUGUAUUGUUGUAAAAAAUUAAUUUCAUUUUUUUUUUUUUUUCAAAUUGCAUUAUGAUUAUUGUCACUAAUACAUGUUCAUGCCAGAGGAUUUAUAACUGGGAUGUACAGGAAAGUUAUUGUUAUGCUGCUUGAUUGUUUAUGUACCUCUUCACAUGGCUAUACCAAAUCUUUACAAGAACAAUUGUAACUCCUCGCGUAUUGCUUUUAUCAAACUGUCGCUAUAUGUAGAAUAAUUGAGUUUAAUUAAUGAAAACGUCUUAAAACAAAUUCGUUGCAUUCAACCAUAUUCUAUUUACAUUAAACAGUCAAGGGAUUGGGCCUAAGUUCUGUUCUAACAACUUACUCGGCCCUCUCCCAAUAAUACAAUGAACGACAUGUACAAAUAUCGAGUGAUGAUAAACGAAUUAUUUGCUUGAUAGUUGAUUGUAAAAUUGAAUGAUUAGAAUUCCGUCUUUGCGUAUUGCAGAGUUAUCUUCUCUUGUGAGCAGGUAUUGAUUGUACGUCAUUGGUUUG